CUCCGCCUCAGACCUCCGCCGAUGGCAACGCUUCACCCCAGAGUCCCGCCAAGGGCGCCGCUCCGUCCCGGAGUUCCACCGAGGGUGCUGCUCCGCCCCAGACUUCUGCCGAGGGUGCCGCUCCUCCCCAGACUUCCACCGAGGCGCCUCCGCCUUAGACCUCCGCCGAGGCACCGCUCCACCCCAGAGCCUCGCCGAGGGUGCCGCUCCGCCCCAGAGUCCCGUCGAGGGCACCGCUCCGCCCCAGAGUCCCGCCGAGGGCGCCUCUCCGCUCCAGACUUCCGCCGAGGGCACCGCUCCGCCGAAGACUACCGCCAAGGGCGCCACUCUACCCCGGCCCGCCGGCCAAGGGUGCUGCUCUGCCUCAUCACAUCGGCCAGAAAGUGCUUGAAGCAGCCACCUGGAGGCUCGUCCCACGCUCUACCCAUGCCAGUUCGCCUCAAAUCCCACUGAGCCCACCGCGGGUACCCGACUGUCCUCGUGCCACAGGAUUUUCAUGCCUGUAUAGUAUUUCCCUUGCCUCUUCUGUCUGCAGCCUCUUACUCCCAAGACAUCGGACAAAAUGGGGCCACCUGAAGACGCUCAUGGUUCCUCCUGUUCCUGUUCCUGUUUCUAAACCUGUUCCUGACCCCUGCCUCUCUCUGCCACCCUGCUGGCUCUGGUUCCUGUUUCUGACCCCUGCUCUGCCUCCCUGGUACCUGGUUUGGACUUUGGUUUUGUUUUGGCUUUUUUGUUUUUGCCCUGCCUAUAUUGUUCAGUUUGCUGGCUUUGGAACUUUUGGACAGUAUUUUGGCUUUGGUUUUGUCUUCCCUGCAUCGCCCUGUUCGCCUGUGUUUCAGACCCUGGACUGUUUUUGGACUGUGAUUUUGCCUUGCCCUAUUGCUCAGUUUGUGUCUUUAUUAAAGCCUGUUUUCUCCUUAACCCUGUCGCAUCCUGCAUUUGGGUCCUCACUGACCUAGUCACACAUGAUUACUGACAGAAUAAUCUAGCCCUGCACCCGUGAGAUCACUGACAUAGAAAGAGAUAAAUGUAAACCAAAAUGUUUAGCUUAAUAAAAUAAAAAUUAUAAUAGAAUAAAACCAUUUCACAUCAGAACAUUAAGGUCCGGGCAGUUUCUGGAACAACUGAAGCAUAACAUAUUUGAGAUUAGAAAUUGGCAUUGUGGUAUAUGAAGUGGGUCAUAUUUCUGAAAUGUUUUUUUAUUUUUAUUUAAAAAUUUUUUAUCAUGGUUAAGGCCCAGCUUACACUUGGAAUAAACUUUCAAAUAAUUGUAUAUAGGCUUUAUGUCAGUUAUUCAUAUGGUUACAUAUACUGUAGACUCAAUGUAGUCUAAUGAACACAAGACCUUACUAUUACAUAAGGUACUUCACAUGCCUUUAAUACUAGAUAUCUGUUAUUGACUAAGUUCCAAAUGAACUAAGCUGCUAUACCUCAUUGAAGAAUGAAAGAUGGAUGAAAAUGG